AUGUCUCUUUGGACCUACUCAAAAAACAAUCAACACUAUCUAGCCAACACCUCUGAAGAAAUAAUAGAACAGCUGCAAGCACGCCCUGAAGCUAACACCACCCCCACCGUCAUGAUUAACAAUAAUCUAUCUGGCAAAGAUACCACCCAAUUAAAUGUAAAUAUGAUAGAAGAUAUUAAGCAGUUGAUAGCGAACAUCUGUCCUUUCCCAAUAAUAGACCUAACAACAAAAGAUAAUUUGGUCCUCAUAGAAAAUAAAAAAAUCAACUUAGCACUGCACUCAGUCCAUAACCGACCUAUCAACAUACUGCUAACGAUCAUAAGACUUCUAGCAGCUAUUAAAGAACAGACUUAUAUAACCAUCAAUAUUCCAUUUGUACUACUACUAGACAUCCCAAGCUACCUCAACCAAAGAAUCAAAGUCUCAUAUAGUCACCUAAUUAACUGUAUUAACGAGCUCUGCACUACGAAAGAGAUCAGACUAAUCCUAUGUAAGCAAACCAGCACCCUGGUAUUUCAGGAAAGCGACAACAUCAUCUCAAUUGACAAUAUCCUAGCA